AUGACCAACUACUGUCUCCCCGUCGUCCCUCGGAUCAUACUGGGCAUUCUUGAUCCACUGGCUAUAGUCCUGACGUCUGUUGCUGCAAUUUCCGACUCGGCGGGUUUCUACGUGAGUCAAGUACCAAAACCAGUAGACCAUCCUGGCGAGAUAGAGGUGUACACGCGCGUGAUUUCUCUGAACAUAGCUGCUUUCCUGUUGAGCAUUGCGGCGACUCAGGUAAUCGGCGUGUGGGUCAACAAGAGCGCAUCCGUGAUCAAAUGGCUCCUAAUUUCCUAUCUCCUCGCCGAUAUUCUCUUCCUUUACUCUGCGUACGAGGCAGUUGGGAAAGACUACUUCUGGAACCCGAGCCAAUGGACCUCUAGUAUGUGGGGGUUGAUUUUCACGGAAAAUUUCUUCAAUAUCACAAGGAUAUUGAGCGUGUUGGGAGUGUUUGGGCCUUUAGGUAGCACGAAGCUCAAGGACUCUUAG